AGCUCGCAUACACACACCCACACCCACACACAUCCACACGUGCCGGAACACACGGGCCUCCCUUCAUUCGUCCAACAUGGCCGACCAUUCGGAUAAGGAACUUUCCUCGGUGAACGAGCGUCUGCGCGAGUUGACUGGCCUCAGCGUCGAUGAGAUGGUGUCCGACUCUCUUGGAGCUCUGCUCGGUCGGGAUGCCGACCUCAAUGACCCGGAUGCCGUUCCGAAUGCCCUGGUCAGCGCCGGGGCUGGCUCCCUGCUGACCCAGUUCCUCUCCUCGAUCGAGGGCGACGGCUCGCAACUGCCCGAGGGCGACGAGGAGGAUGCCUCGCUCGGGGCCCUGAACGAGACCCUGGAUCUGGCGCUGCUCCUGGCCGAUCAGCUGGAGAAGAAGGCCGACCUCUUUCAAGAGCGACUGCUCGCGGUCCUGGCCCAGAUCCAGACGGUCGAUGGCGACGACGACGACGACGUCGCCGCCGCCGAGCAGCAGGAUGCCCAGCAGCUGGAGGAGAUCGAGGACGAGCAGCCCCCGCAGCAGGAGUAGCUAGACUGUUCCCCCUUCUCGCCCCCCCCCCCUGACAGGGACACUCCCGCACCUACAUACAUAUUUACCUUUGUACACAAAUAUAUCACUGCCUCUCUGGUGGCCAUCUGCGGGGAGAGAUCCCGCCAUUCCCCUGGUCUUGUCAAA